AUGACUGGAUGGCUGGUGGAUGACCGCUGUGUGGUGGAGCCCGCGGCGGGGGACCUGGACAACCCCCCCAAGAAGUUCCGAGACUGCCUCUUCAAGGUGUGCCCCAUGAACCGCUACUCGGCCCAGAAGCAGUACUGGAAGGCCAAGCAGACCAAGCAGGACAAGGAGAAGAUCUCCGACGUGGUGCUGCUGCAGAAGCUGCAGGUCAACUCUGUGAACUGCAACACCAGCUGGAAGAUCAACCUGUUCAUGCAGUUCCGCGACCACCUGGAUGAGGGGGUGAAAGGGGUGGUCGUGGGGGACAAGGUGAUCCUCAAUCCCGUCAACGCGGGGCAGCCCCUGCAUGCCAGCAAUUACGAGCUCAGCGACAAUGCCGGCUGCAAGGAGGUGAGUGGCAUGGGGGGCCGGCCGCUCAGGGAGGGGCUGUUUCCCAUCUACCCUUGCUCUGUGCCUUUCCCUCAAAACCUGCACGUCAUCCACACAUCAAUCAAAGCUCAGCCCAUGUGCCACCUCCUCCCAGAAGCCUUCCCUGAUUACACAUGCCAGCUUCCCAUCUAUGGGGACGUGGUGCGGCUGUUCCACGCGGAGCAGGAGAAGUUCCUGACGUGCGACGAGUACAAGGGCAAGCUGCAGGUGUUCCUGCGCACCACGCUGCGCCAGUCCGCCACCUCGGCCACCAGCUCCAACGCCCUCUGGGAGGUGGAGGUGGUCCACCACGACCCCUGCCGUGGAGGCGCUGGCCACUGGAACGGCCUGUACCGCUUCAAGCACCUGGCCACGGGCAACUACCUGGCUGCCGAGGAGAACCCCAGCUAUAAGGGUGAUGCCUCUGACCCCAAGGCAGCAGGAGCGGGAGCGCAGGGCCGCCCAGGCCGUCGGAACGCUGGGGAGAAAAUCAAGUACCGCCUGGUGGCUGUGCCCCACGGCAAUGACAUCGCCUCGCUCUUUGAGCUGGACCCCACCACGCUGCAGAAAACCGACUCCUUCGUGCCCCGGAACUCGUAUGUGCGGCUGCGACUUCUGUCCCUGCAGCUGGGCACCUGCCCCACCAAGGAGGACAAGGAGGCCUUUGCCAUCGUGUCGGUUCCCGUGUCUGAGAUCCGAGACCUGGACUUUGCCAACGAUGCCAGCUCCAUGCUGGCCAGCGCCGUGGAGAAGCUGAACGAGGGCUUCAUCAGCCAGAACGACCGCAGGUUCGUCAUCCAGCUGCUGGAGGACCUGGUGUUCUUUGUCAGCGACGUCCCCAACAACGGGCAGAACGUCCUGGACAUCAUGGUCACCAAGCCCAACCGGGAGCGGCAGAAACUGAUGCGGGAGCAGAACAUCCUCAAGCAGAUCUUUGGCAUUCUGAAGGCUCCCUUCCGCGACAAGGGCGGGGAGGGCCCCCUGGUGCGGCUGGAGGAGCUGUCGGACCAGAAGAACGCCCCCUACCAGCACAUGUUCCGCCUCUGCUACCGGGUGCUGCGGCACUCCCAGGAGGACUACCGCAAGAACCAGCCACUGGGGAAGGGGAGCUGCUCUGAGCGCCCCCAUCCCUGCUGUCACCCCAGGUUCCUGGACUACCUCUCUGACCUGUGUGUGUCCAACCACAUCGCCAUCCCCGUCACCCAGGAGCUCAUCUGCAAGUGUGUGCUGGACCCCAAGAACAGCGACAUCCUCAUCCAGACCGAGCUUCGGCCCGUGAAGGAGAUGGCCCAGGCCCACGAGUACCUGUGGCCGGUGCAUGGUGGAGCCCAAGCCCCUUUGCCACUUUCUCACGCGUCCCUCAAGCCCAGGCCCUGCCAGGCCCUCACCAUGCCCCCUGCACGCAGGUACCAGCUGAAGCUCUUUGCCCGCAUGUGCCUGGACCGGCAGUACCUGGCCAUCCACGAGAUCUCCCAGCAGCUGGGCGUCGACCUGAUCUUCCUGUGCAUGGCCGACGAGAUGCUGCCCUUUGACCUGCGCGCCUCCUUCUGCCACCUGAUGCUGCACGUGCACGUGGACCGCGACCCCCAGGAGCUGGUCACGCCUGUCAAGUUUGCCCGCCUCUGGACCGAGAUCCCCACGGCCAUCACCAUCAAGGACUAUGACUCCAACCUCAACGCCGCCCGAGAUGACAAGAAGAACAAGUUCGCCAGCACCAUGGAGUUCGUGGAGGACUACCUCAACAACGUGGUCGGCGAGGCCGUGCCCUUCGCCAACGAGGACAAGAACAAGCUCACCUUCGAGGUGGGCACGCUGCUCAGCAUCAUCGACUGCGUGCAGGGCCCGCCCGCCAUGCUGCAGGCCUACGAGGACUCCGCCGGCAAGAACGUGCGGCGGUCCAUCCAGGGCGUGGGCUCACUAGUUCCCCCCACACCCCUUGGGGACUUAGAAACUGGAGCUCCCAGCCUGCCGGCCGAGGCCGGGGCCGCGGAGCCGCUGGACAGAAGCAAGUUCGAGGAGAAUGAGGACAUCGUGGUGAUGGAGACCAAGCUGAAGAUCCUGGAGAUCCUGCAGUUCAUCCUCAACGUCCGCCUGGAUUACCGCAUCUCCUACCUGCUGUCCGUCUUCAAGAAGGAGUUUGUGGAGGUGUUUCCCAUGCAGGACAGCGGGGCCGACGGCACAGCCCCUGCCUUCGACUCCACCACUGCCAACAUGAACCUGGAUCGCAUCGGAGAGCAGGCGGAGGCCAUGUUUGGAGUGGGGAAGACGAGCAGCAUGCUGGAGGUGGACGACGAGGGCGGCCGCACGUUCCUGCGCGUGCUCAUCCACCUCACCAUGCACGACUACCCGCCGCUCGUCUCGGGGGCCCUGCAGCUGCUCUUCAAGCACUUCAGCCAGCGCCAGGAGGCCAUGCACACCUUCAAGCAGGUGCAGCUGCUGAUCUCCGCCCAGGACGUGGAGAACUACAAGGUCAUUAAGGCGGAGCUGGACCGGCUGCGGACCAUGGUGGAGAAGUCGGAGCUGUGGGUGGACAAGAAGGGCAGCGGCAAGGGCGAGGAGGUGGAGGCGGGCACCGCCAAAGACAAGAAGGAGCGGCCCACGGACGAGGAAGGCUUCCUGCCGCCGCCGGGGGAGAAGAGCAGUGAGAACUACCAGAUCGUCAAGGGCAUCCUGGAGCGGCUGAACAAGAUGUGCGGCGUCGGGGAGCAGAUGAGGAAGAAGCAGCAGCGGCUGCUCAAGAACAUGGAUGCCCACAAGGUCAUGCUGGACCUGCUGCAGAUCCCCUACGACAAGGGCGAUGCCAAGAUGAUGGAGAUCCUGCGCUACACACACCAGUUCCUGCAGAAGUUCUGUGCGGGGAACCCCGGCAACCAGGCCCUGUUGCACAAGCACCUGCACCUCUUCCUCCGCUCUGACCUCUGACGGACGCCUGCGCCCCUCCUGGAGGCAGAGACCAUGCAGCACAUCUUCCUGAACAACUACCAGCUGUGCUCGGAGGUCAGCGAGCCGGUGCUGCAGCACUUCGUGCACCUGCUGGCCACGCACGGGCGCCACGUGCAGUACCUGGACUUCCUGCACACCGUCAUCAAGGCCGAGGGCAAGUACGUCAAGAAGUGCCAGGACAUGAUCAUGACUGAGCUGACCAACGCAGGGGAUGACGUGGUCGUGUUCUACAACGACAAGGCCUCGCUGGCCCACCUGCUGGACAUGAUGAAGGCCGCCCGGGACGGCGUGGAGGACCACAGCCCGCUCAUGUACCACAUCUCCCUGGUGGACCUGCUGGCCGCCUGCGCCGAGGGCAAGAACGUCUACACGGAGAUCAAGUGCACCUCCCUGCUGCCCCUGGAGGACGUGGUGUCCGUGGUGACCCACGAGGACUGCAUCACGGAGGUGGCUGCGUCCACGCGGGAGCUGACGGGGAGGCGGCCGUGUGGGACGUGGGCCUCUCUCUGCGCCCAGGUGUGCAGUAAGCGGGAGAAGCGCCUGGCCGACCCCACCCUGGAGAAGUACGUGCUGAGCGUGGUGCUGGACACCAUCAGCGCCUUCUUCAGCUCCCCGUUCUCCGAGAACAGCACCUCCCUGCAGACACACCAGACGAUCGUGGUGCAGCUGCUGCAGUCCACCACGCGGCUGCUCGAGUGCCCGUGGCUGCAGCAGCAGCACAAGGGCUCGGUGGAGGCCUGCAUCCGGACCCUGGCCAUGGUGGCCAAGGGCCGGGGCAUCUCGCUGCCCAUGGACCUGGAUGCCCACAUCAGCUUGGUGCUCAGCAGUGGCGCCAGCUGUGUGGCUGCCGCCCAGCGGAACGCUUCCAACUACAAGGCGUCCACGCGGGCCUUCCCGCGAGUCACCCCCACGGCCAACCAGUGGGACUACAAGAACAUCAUCGAGAAACUGCAGGUGGGUGUGGGCGGCCACGGGAGUGGUUGGGGAGGGCGGUGCUUGAGGAGCACCCCUUCCUGUGCCGCCCGCGCCCUCCUCGGGGGCUGCUCACUGCAGGGAGGACCCAGGGCCCGCUGGUGGGGUCGGUGCUCACGCGGGUCAGGACCCUGCACAGUCCUGGCAGCACCUGUCCGCUCAGGCCGUGCACCUGUCCACUGUCUCGUUGAGCUGGAGGGGGGCCCGCAGCUCCCAGCCAGGGGCUCUGAGCAGACAGACGGCAUCCUCUGUCACACCAAGGACCUCAUGCAGUCGGAGGAGAAGCUGUGCGUCAAGGUGCUGCGGACGCUGCAGCAGAUGCUGCUCAAGAAGGCCAAGUACGGGGACCGGGGCAACCAGCUGCGCAAGAUGCUGCUGCAGAACUACCUCCAGAACCGCAAGUCCAGCUCGCGGGGGGACCUCCCGGACCCCAUGGGCGUCGGCCUGGACCAGGACUGGUCAGCCAUCGCGGCCACCCAGUGCCGGCUGGACAAGGAGGGGGCCACCAAGCUGGUGUGUGACCUCAUCACCAGCACCAAGAACGAGAAGGUCUUCCAGGAGAGCAUCGGCCUGGCCAUCCGCCUGCUGGACGGCGGGAACACCGAGAUCCAGAAAUCCUUCUACAACCUGAUGACGAGCGACAAGAAGUCCGAGCGCUUCUUCAAGGUGCUGCACGACCGCAUGAAGCGGGCGCAGCAGGAGACCAAGUCCACGGUGGCCGUCAACAUGAGCGACCUGGGCAGCCAGCCCCGCGAGGACCGGGAGCCAGCAGACCCCACUGCCAAAGGUCAGGGUGGGGGCCAGGGUCACGGAGGGGUGCCAGCUGGUGGGGUCAGAGGGCUCAGGGGGAGGGAACACCCUAUUUCAGUCCCCCUGCCCCCCUCUCACCUGCCCUCUAGCCAUGCCACACCACACCCCCUCACCUGUGCUCUGCAGAACUUCCUGCGCUGUCAGAACAACAAGACCAACUACAACCUGGUGUGCGAGACGCUGCAGUUCCUGGACAUCAUGUGCGGCAGCACCACGGGCGGCCUGGGGCUGCUGGGGCUCUACAUCAACGAGGACAACACCUGCAUCGUGACGCACGAGUCCAACGGCAUCGACAUCAUCACUGCGCUCAUUCUCAACGACAUCAGCCCCCUGUGCAAGUACCGGAUGGACCUGGUGCUGCAGCUCAAGAACUCGGAGGUGAGCCCACGCGAAGUGGGCCACAACAUCUACAUCCUGGCGCUGCAGCUCUCCAGGCACAACAAACAGCUGCAGCACCUGCUGAAGCCCGUGAAGCGCAUCCAGGAGGAGGAGGCCGAGGGCAUCUCUUCCAUGCUGAGCCUCAACAACAAGCAGCUGUCGCAGAUGCUCAAGUCGUCAGCGCCUGCGCAGCAGGAGGAGGAGGACCCCCUGGCCUACUACGAGAACCACACGUCCCAGAUCGAGGUGGGGCCGGNNNGCAGCAUGGAGCAGAUCGUGUUCCCGGUGCCUGCCAUCUGCCAGUUCCUGACGGAGGAGACCAAGCACCGGCUCUUCACCACCACGGAGCAGGACGAGCAGGGCAGCAAAGUGAGCGACUUCUUCGACCAGUCCUCCUUCCUGCACAACGAGAUGGAGUGGCAGCGCAAGCUCCGCAGCAUGCCGCUCAUCUACUGGUUCUCCCGCCGCAUGACCCUGUGGGGCAGCAUCUCCUUCAACCUGGCCGUGUUUAUCAACAUCAUCAUCGCCUUCUUCUACCCCUAUGUAGAGGGCGCGUCCACAGGGGUGCUGGACUCGCCGCUCAUCUCGCUGCUCUUCUGGAUCCUCAUCUGCUUCUCCAUCGCCGCCCUGUUCACCAAGCGCUACAGCGUCCGCCCGCUCAUCGUGGCGCUCAUCCUGCGCUCCAUCUACUACCUGGGCAUCGGGCCCACGCUCAACAUCCUGGGUGCCCUCAACCUGACCAACAAGAUCGUGUUCGUGGUGAGCUUCGUGGGCAACCGCGGCACCUUCAUCCGGGGCUAUAAGGCCAUGGUCAUGGACAUGGAGUUCCUCUACCACGUGGGCUACAUCCUGACUAGCGUCCUGGGCCUCUUUGCCCACGAGCUCUUCUACAGCAUCCUGCUCUUCGACCUCAUUUACCGGGAGGAGACGCUGUUCAACGUCAUCAAGAGCGUGACCCGCAACGGCCGCUCCAUCCUGCUGACCGCCCUGCUGGCCCUCAUCCUCGUCUACCUCUUCUCCAUCGUGGGCUUCCUCUUCCUCAAGGAUGACUUCAUCCUCGAGGUGGACCGGCUGCCCAGCAACCACUCCCGAGCCAGCCCCCUGGGGAUGCCGCACGGAGCGGCCACGUUCAUGGGCACGUGCAGCGGGGACAGGAUAGACUGUGGCUCAGGGGUCUCGGUGCCCGAGGUCCUGGAAGAGGACGAGGAGCUGGACAGCGCGGAGCGGGCCUGUGACACCCUGCUCAUGUGCAUCGUCACGGUCAUGAACCACGGGCUGCGCAACGGCGGCGGCGUGGGCGACAUUCUCCGCAAGCCCUCCAAAGACGAGUCUCUCUUCCCGGCCCGCGUGGUCUACGACCUCCUGUUCUUCUUCAUCGUCAUCAUCAUCGUGCUGAACCUCAUCUUCGGGGUGAUCAUCGACACCUUCGCCGACCUGAGGAGCGAGAAGCAGAAGAAGGAGGAGAUCCUCAAGACCACGUGCUUCAUCUGCGGUCUGGAGAGGGACAAGUUUGAUAACAAGACGGUGUCGUUUGAGGAGCACAUCAAGUUCGAGCACAACAUGUGGAACUACCUGUACUUCAUCGUGCUGGUCCGCGUGAAAAACAAGACCGACUACACGGGGCCCGAGAGCUACGUGGCCCAGAUGAUCAAGAACAAGAACCUGGACUGGUUCCCCCGGAUGAGGGCCAUGUCCCUCGUGAGCAACGAAGGGGAGGGGGAGCAGAACGAGAUCCGGAUUCUUCAGGACAAGCUGAGCUCCACCAUGAAGCUGGUGUCCCACCUCACCGCCCAGCUCAAUGAGCUCAAGGAGCAGAUGACCGAGCAGCGGAAACGCAGGCAGCGCCUGGGCUUUGUGGACGUCCAGAACUGCAUGAGCCGCUGAGCCCGCGAGACCCGCCGAAGCCUGCGCCGGGCGCUGGUACUGAGCUGUGGCUGGGAACACUGCCCUUCUCUCGGUCGGGUGGCCCAGCCAGCUCACCAGCUCGAGGCCAGGUGCCCACCCAGCCUCCAGCUCCUGCUAUGCCAGACUCCCCUGAGCCAACCCGGGUGCUGGCCAGCACGGAAGGGGAGCCCUUAGAACUCAGACACUCACUGGGACUCAGUUUACCUUAUUGCCUUAAAGACGUCUCUUAGAGGAUUGCUUUGUCCCUUAAAGCAGUAACUGACAUUCCUCUACUCCUCCUGGGGGCGGUUAGGAGUGGGGUCACCUCUUUAUUCCAAGCACUACGUUUUGGUUGCUGCCCGCCUCCGGGGGAGGAGCCGUGAUGCUGUUGCCGGGACACUAGGGCUUUGUUACUAAGUUAUUCCCGGGUGCCCAGCCCCGCACGCCUCCUGUGCCUCAGGUCUGCCGUAGACAGUGCAGACCGUAGACAGUGCAGACUGUGUCCCGGCCGCCCUUGGCGUGGCCUAGCCUCAGCCCCAGCCCCAGGGGACUGCCGGCCGAGGGUGGAGGCCCUGCUCCUGGGCCCUGCCUCUUCCUGGGCCUCUGGGGUCACAGGCUGAAGGGGCAGGGCUGGGUGCGUGACUGGCUGGUUUUUGACCGCUUGUUUUUUCUCCUUUUGGUGUAAUGUUUUACAAAUCCUUUGGCCUGAGAACUAAUAUGUUAAUUACCUUAAAUAAAUUAAUAGAAAUAUAGUUCAUUA